AUGACCAAACAUCAAUGUUUAGAUCAUCAUAGAUCAUUAGAAUUCUUUUGUUAUCAAUAUGAUAUUAAAGACACUACAACAACAAAUAAUCAUAUUAAUAGUGAUAGUACUAAUAAUAAUAAUAUUGAUAUUAAUAAUUUCAUUUCACAAAUCAAUAAUAAAAUUAAAUCUCUAUGGGAAUCAUUAAGAUCAUCGACAUUCAGAUAUCAAGAAUUAUCAACAACAGAGAAUGAUAUCAAACAACACUUUGAACAAUUACAUCAAUAUCUAAUCAUAGAAGAAAAAAAACUAAAUAAAGAUAUAAUCAAUGAUAAACAUACAAUCACAAAUCAAAUCGAUAAUAAUAUAAAUCAUUUGAAAUAUUUAAUAAAUAUUAUGUUCUAA